CUUUGCUUAGUCUGGGGGUGCUUGUGAGGAUUUGUUUUAGGCGAUAGUAUGUUCUGCUGACUGCAGUUCUCUUUGGGAGGACACCGGUGCACAUCGGAAGUACGAUAUGCAAAGAAUAUUCCCCCGAGUACCUGUUCAGGUGACUGUGUUCUGCUGACUGCAGGAGUCUUCAGGAGGACAUCUAGACACAUCAGAUGCACAAAAUGGAGCCAGUGACCUUUGAGGAUGUGGCUGUGAAGUUCACCUCAGGCGAGUGGGCUUUGUUGGAUUCCAGUCAAAAGAAGCUCUACAGAGAUGUGAUGAAGGAAACAUUUAUGAACCUGAUCUCCAUAGAGAAAGGACUAGAAGAAAAUAUUGAAGAGGACUACAAAGAUCUCUGCAGAAACCUGGGAACUCAGUUGGUUGAGAAAGACUGUGAAUAUAAAUGUGAUAGUCAGUGUGAUGGCAACCAUCAUCCGAUUCAAAAGAAUAUGGUUAAUGAAGACAAUCCUUCUGCAGUAAUAGUUCAUGAAAGCCCAUUGCUUGUAAGAAACAUCAUUGAUCAUUCAUCCUCACAUGUGUAUCUCAGAGACCAAACUACAGGGAAAGAAUCUCAAUGUAAGGAAGCUUUUAUACAUCAGAAACAUUGGGAAAAUAACAGUAAUUCUGAAUCACUUCAGGUACUUGAAACUUCUCCCAGAGAGAAAUCUCAUGAGAAUCAGCAAUGUAAGGAAGACUUUCGGAGUCUCCCUUCUAAUCAGCAUCAUGAGAGAACACAGUGUGGAGAUAAACUCAAUCGAAACAUAUUAAGGAGAUAUACAUAUAACCCAAAAGAUGAUGGAAUCCAUACAGAAGUGAAAUCAUUUGUUCACAACCAUAGUGAAGAAGCCUCUAUUGAUUCCAAUAAUCUUAUCAACCCUGAACAAUGUCAUAUUGGAAAGAAAAAAUACAGUUGUAAGCAGUGUGGGAAAACAUUUCAGUAUGCUUCAUGUUUUGAGAAACAUAAAGUAACUCACACUGGAGAGAAGCCUUAUGCAUGUAAGCAGUGUGGAAAAGCCUUCACCAGUUCCAGCUGGUGCAACACUCAUGAGAGGGGUCACACUGGAGAGAAGCCUUACAUGUGUAAGCACUGUGGGAAAACCUUCAGAAGUUCCAGUUACUGCAACAUUCAUGAAAGAGUUCAUACUGGAGAGAAACCUUAUGCAUGUAAGCACUGUGGCAAAACCUUUGCCAUUUUGAGGUCUCGAAACUGUCAUGAGAAAAUUCACACUGGAGAGAAGAUUUACGCAUGUAAAGAUUGUGGAAAAACCUUCUCAAGUCCCACUUCUUGUAGCAUUCAUGAAAGAAUUCACACUGGGGAGAAACCUUACACAUGUAAGCAUUGUGGCAAAACCUUUGCAAGUUUGACUGGGUGUAUCACUCAUGAAAGAAAUCAUACUGGAGAGAAGCCUUAUGCAUGUAAGCAUUGUGGAAAAGCUUUCAACAAUUCCAGCUAUCGCAAUGUUCAUGAAAGAAUUCACACUGGAGAGAAACCCUAUGCAUGUAAGCACUGUGACAAAACCUUUGUCAUUUUGGGUUCUCUUAUCACUCAUGAAAGAAGUCACACUGGAGAGAAGCCUUACACAUGUAAGCAUUGUGGAAAAGCCUUUUCCCAAGCCAGUUAUCGUAAUAUUCAUGAAAGAAUUCACACUGGAGAGCAACCUUAUGCAUGUAAGCACUGUGGCAAAACUUUUGCCAUUUUGAGUUCCCGUAACACUCAUGAAAAAAUUCACACUGGAGAGAAGCCUUAUGCCUGUAAGCAUUGUGGGAAAGCCUUCACCAGUUCUAUUUGGUGUAAUGCUCAUGAAAGGGGUCACACUGGAGAGAAACCUUAUGCAUGUAAGCAUUGUGGGAAAAUGUUUGCCAUUUUGAGUUCUCGUAAUACUCAUGAAAAACUUCACACUGGAGAGAAACCUUAUGCCUGUAAGCAUUGUGGGAAAGCCUUCACCAGUUCUGGUUACCGUAACAAGCAUGAAAGGAGUCAUACUGGAGAGAAGUCUUAAACAUGUAAACAUUGUGGAGAAACCUUUUCCAGUUUCAGUUGAUGUAACUCUCAUGAAAGAAUUCAUACUGGAGAGACAUCUCAUGCACUUAAAAAUUGUAGAAAAUCCUUCGCCAGCUCUUCUUACUGUAUUACUCAUGAAAGAAUUUGCACCAGAGAGAAACUGUUUCCAUGUAAUGUAUAUCGGAAGCUGUUCCUUCAGGUUAAUAUCAUACCAGGCAUGAAAGAAUUCACUGAAGAAUGAAGACUUACACAUAGAAAUUAUCAGAAGAAUAUAUUGAAGAAGGCUACAAAGAUCUUGGCAGAAAUAUGGAGUAAUUUAUAUUCAAUAGAAAGCAAUUCGUAUAAAAAGUUUGGGAACCAUGGGACAACUGAGAACUUGCCAAAUGAUCCAAAUAUACCUAAGUGAAAAAUGAUUCUACACAAAUCUAUGUAACAGAGCAUUGAAUUGUGUCUUUCAAUAUUUGAAUAUCUUAUAUAUGUAAUCUAUGAGUAUCACCAACAUAUGAUUCAACAUAAAUUUCUGUAAGAGCUGUACCUGUGGUUAAUUAUAAAAAACCUCCCUCUCAUAUCUAAAAGUAUUUACCACCUUUCUAUAUAUUAUUUUGAGGCUUUGAAUAUGAGUCUUGUGUUUUGUUUGCUUUCUUUUGCUGUGACCAAAACCAACUCUGGGAUGGAGCUCAUUUUUAUUUACUCUUCGUUGUCACAGUCCCACAAUAAAGGGAAACCAGGGCAGGAACUCAAGCCUGGCAGGAACCUAGAGGCAGGAACUGAAGCAGAGGUGAUGGAGAAGUGCUGUUUACUGGUAUGCUCCUCAUCUCUUACUCAGAUACCUCCCUUUUUCAGCAAUAGCCACAUCUCUAGGGCGAUAUCACUCGUAAUGGGCUGGACCACUCCACAUCAAGCAGUAAUCAAGAAAAUGCCCCCAAUGACAUGCCUAAAUAUCAAUCUGAUAGAGCCAUAUUCGCCAUUAAUGCUCUGUCUUCUCAGAUGUGUGUCCUUGCUUGUGUUGAGUUAACAAAAACUAACCAGCACAGUAGAUUUCUUGUCAAUGUGACACACAAAUACAUGACUAUUAAUGUAUAACCUUUCAUUUUUUGUUUGUUCCUAAAUAUAGUUAAGAUCACAAUAUAGCCACGUAGUGGUGGCAUGCACAUUUAACCCUAGCACUCAGGAGACAGAGUCAGGUGGAUCUUUGAGUUCAAGGACAGCCAAAACCCAAAACAAAUAAGUAAAUAGGUUAAAAAAUAUAUAAAGAAAAAUAUAAGAUUAGAAGUCUCCUGGUAUUCAAAAAUCUCAUGCACUUUAAAUGCUCAGUCUCAUUAAAAAUUUGGUAUCUCUUUAAAAGAACAAAAGAUCUCUGUUGUAAGUUCCUAAAAAAUCUUAACUACGUUUUUAUUUCUCCUUUUAAAAAAAGAAACAGUGCUGACUUCUGUACCAGGCUUUUUCUGUUGGGGCACCAACCAGCUCCCUAAAUCAUGACACAGAGUCUUGUUGUUAGUUUUGAAUACUUGGCCUUAGAUUAUGUUCAUUUCUGGCUUUUAUAACUUAAAUGAACUCGUUUCUCUUCUUCUACAUUUUGCCUUGGGGCUUUUUACCUUUUCUUUCUCUAUGUCCUACUCUGUCUAGCUGGUUGGUAGCUGCCUGGCUGGCUGGCCCCAAGUGUCUCCCUUUCUUCCUAUCUCAUUCUUUCCUUUAUUCUUCUAUUUUUCUGCUUAGAUUUCUCCUCCUCCUCACUCUCUCUGCCCACAAGACCUACCCAUCCUUCUCCUGCCUAGCUAUUGGUGUUUCAGCUUUUUAUUAGACCAAUCAGGUGCCUUAGGCAAGCAAGGUGAAACAGCAACACAUCUUUUCAUAAUUAAACAAAUGGAGCAUAAACAAAUUUAAUACACCCUUACAGCCUGAACAAAGGCAGCAGAAACAAAUGUAACACACAUUUACACAGUUAGAGUAAUAUUCUGUAGCAUAAAUAAGUGUAACACAUCUUUACAUAGUUAAAUAUUCCUCAACAAAUUUUCACUCAGAUCAAAGCAAAACCCUCGCUCUACAGUGUAAAUCGUGACCUCUAGCCCCAUAUCUGGGAUUCACUCACAGUUAUUUGAUUUAUAUGUCUCUUGCAUGAUCCAGCCAUUUAGUUCCUCCAUGCACAGAACAUAUAACUUGGCUGAUUGUCUCAGACUCAUUUCACCCCGCAGUUGUUUCAGUCCUUGGGAACCUUCCCAUGUGGUACUGGCCUCUCUAAUAUGCCAGAGGCUCAACACAGUGCUUCUUCACCAAUGGCCUAGCUCCUCUUCAGUGACUUACAUCCUACCAUAUUGUGCCAAGUCUCAGCUUCUCCUAAACCUCUUCUAUCCUGUUGUUUGCAAUUCAACUAAAUCUGCACCUUCAGUAAUGACCUCCCCUGCCCUUUGGUGGUGUUAGGCUGAGUUUCUUUCCAAGACCCCUUCAAUCCUGCAGCUCUAUGAUGCCAAGACCAGUACUGCGUGGAAAAAAAGCUCAUAAAUUACCAUGUUCUGCAGCCGAUUUGAGAUGCAGCCUUGGCACCCUUUGGAUCAUUUGUCUGUGUGCCAACUGAAAUCUCUUAAUAUUUCCCUUAAAUGAUGCUGUUUUCUGGUUAAUCCCAGCUCAGUUUUCAAGCCCAGCUGACAAGAGAGCACAGUCUUAAUAUAAAAUAUCACAGAAACUGCCUCAGUAGAGUCUUUUGUGAGCCAUCUGUCAUUCCUGAAACUACAUAAACCAGACUUCCCUCUUUUCAUUGUUCUCAGCAUUGCUAUCUUCAGAGCUCAUUAAGAACUGAGCAUUCAGUGAUUUUUCCAGCUUAAUAUUCUAGGCAUUCUCUCAGUCCUCAUUAAAACCAUGGUCAGCUCUGUAAGCAUUACCCCAUGAACCUGGGGGCCAAAUCUAUUGUAGAGUCCUCUCUGUUCCUGUGAUAAUCACCAUGACCAAAGUCAUCUUUUGGGGCAGUGGAGCUCAUUUUUGCUUACAUUUCCAUGUUACAUACAGUUCGGCAAAAGAAGGCAGGGUGGGAGCUAAAAAUAGGUGGGAACCUGGAAGCCAGAACUGAAUUGGAGACUGGAGAAAUGCUGCUUACUAGCUUGCCCUUCAUAGGUUACUAAGGCACCUUUCUUAUAAACUCAUACCCACCUAUGCAGGGGCACAGCCCUCCUUCAUCAAUGAGGAAUGAGAAAAUGCUCCCACAGACUUGUUUCCAGGCUGAUCUCAUUGAGCCAUUUUCCCAAUUGAGGGUCCCUGUUCUCAGAUAAUCCUAGCUUGGGUGAAGUUUGUAACUAAGUAACCAACACAGGCUGAGUAUUUAGAAUGCAAAAAUGUCAUUGCAUGCAUGUUCACUCCUUUUAUGCCCCCUUAAUUAUUUUAUGGGUAUGUGUGCUUGUGACCCCAUCUCUGAAAAAAAAAAAUUGUGGAGGCCAGAAGAGAGAGGGCAGCAGAUCAUUCAGACCAAGAGUAAUAGGAACUUGUGAGUCUUCAUAUGAAUGCUGAUAAUCAAACUCUGGUGUGUUGGAAGAGCAAGAACUGUUCUUAACCCCUCACCCAAUGUUACAGCUCCUUUAUAAUUCUUACAGAAGUAAAGUCAAUACUCUCCUCCUUUAUACAUGACAGGGUUUUUUUUUUUUUUGGUUUUUCGAGACAGGGUUUCUCUUGUGUGGCUUUGCGCUUUUCCUGGAACUCACUUAGUAGCCCAGGCUGGCCUCGAACUCACAGAGAUCCACCUGCCUCUGCCUCCCGAGUGCUGGGAUUAAAGGCGUGCACCACCACCGCCCGGCAAGACAGGGUCUUUAUUGUCCUUAACAGUAAUGGCACUCUUUUGCCCCUGCAGUAGUACUGUUGCAGUGGUCCACACAGCCAGCCUCCAACACUUCACUUGUUUACAGUGAUGCUCUUUUCAUUUUUUUGAAGAACUCAGGUAGUUGAGAAAGACUGUGGAUAUAAAUGUGAUAGUUAGUAUGAUGAAACAAUUCCAGAGAAUAUGGUUAAUGAAGACAUGCCUCCCUUCAUAAGAGUGUAUGAAAGCUGACUGCAUGUAUGAAACAACAUUGUUCAUUCAUCCUUACAUGUGUUCCUCAAAGACAAAUGAGGGGAAACAAUCUGAAUAUUUGGAAGUUUUUGCAAACUUUUACACAUCAGAAACACUGGAAAGGUAUCAGUCGUUCUGAGUCACUUCAGAUACUUGAAUUUUUUCCUACAGAGAAACCCUGUGGAAAUGAAUAAUAUAAUCAAGCCUAUAGGAGCCUUUCUUUUGAUGAGCCCCAGGAGAGAAAUCACACUGGAGAUAAACUUACUGAGACUAUCUUAAGGAGAUACACCAUAAUAAAAAUGGUGUUAGGGGGUUGUGAUCACAUAUUUUUGCAUUUAUAAAUAUAUAUGUAACAAUAAUAAAGAAAAACAUGCCAUCAAUUUCAUACGGUAUUGUGGAGACAUUGGAAGGGUUGGAGGGAAGUGUAAUUGAUAUUUAAUUAGACUUUUAAAAGUGUUUGGAAAGUUGGUUCAACAGUUGUAAAUAUUGUAUUUGCAGAGACCUCAGGUUCAGUAACAGACACACUCAUGGUGGCACACAAAUGUCUUUGAUUACAGAUUCGAGGCAUUCAAUGCCUCUUCUGGACUUUAGGAAAUACAAUGUCUUUGGUGUCAUUGUAUACUGAUUGAUUUUUAUUAUAAUUUGACACAAAACAAGCAUCACUUUAGAAGAGGGAAUUUCAAUUUAGAAACUAUAUUGAUCAGAUAGGCCUUCAAUGAUGUCUGUGAGAGAUACUUUUGAUGGAUUUGGGAGUUCCUAGUCCAAGAUGGGCAGCAUCAUCCCUAUGCAGGUUUGUGUAGUCUAUAAGAAUGCUAACUGAUUAUGAGCCAGUAAUCAGAUUUUCCAUAGUUCCUACCAUGGCUUCCCUCAGUGAUGGAUUGUGACUUGAAAGUGUAAGCCAAAUUAACUCUGUUUGCCUAAAUUGUUUUUUUCAUGGUACUUGUCACAGCAACACAAAGCAAUUCAAAGCACAUAGCAAUGUCAGAAAACUAUACCAUGUGGCAUAAUCUUCAUAGAUAUUGUGGGACUAUUCAAAAAGUGAUCAAAUUCUGAUUGUUUAAAGUUGAUACAUAAUAAAAUAGUAGCGUUGGUAUGAGGAGGUAGAUUUGUACAGUGUGUUUUGUUCUCCUUUCCUCUUGCAUUUUGAGGACAGGAGGGUGAAGAUUUGGAUACUUUCUGCCUUUAUAGUGAUAUAAUCAAUGAAUAAAGUUAUAUUCGCUCCUCCUCA